UAGGGCUGUGUGGGACGCCGAACGAGCUGGGUGAGGCUGCCGGAGCCCACGGCCGUUUGUCCUGAGACCCGGCGGUUGACUGGACGAGGCCACCAGGGCGCGUCCACCAUGUUCGGCGAAAAAGCCAUGGAGCUGGUCCGCGAGCUGCACCGCGCGCCUGAGGGGCAGCUGCCGGCUUUCAACGAGGAUGGAAUCAGACAAGUUCUAGAAGAGAUGAAAGCAUUAUAUGAACAAAACCAGUCUGAUGUGAAUGAAACAAAGUCAGGUGGAAGAGGUGAUCUGAUACCAACCAUCAAAUUUCGUCAUUGUUCUUUAUUAAGAAAUCGGCGCUGCACUGUAGCCUAUUUGUACGACCGGUUGCUUCGGAUUAGAGCUCUCAGGUGGGAAUAUGGUAGCAUCUUGCCAAAUGCUUUACGAUUUCACAUGUCUGCUGAAGAAAUGGAGUGGUUCAAUCAUUAUAAAAAGAUCCUUGCUACUUACAUGAGGUCACUGGGAGGAAAUGAAGGUUUGGAUAUCACACAGGAUAUGAAACCUCCGAAAAGCCUAUAUAUUGAAGUGCGGUGUCUAAAAGACUAUGGAGAAUUCGAAGUGGAUGAUGGUACUUCAGUCCUAUUGAAAAAAAAUAGCCAGCACUUUUUGCCUCGGUGGAAAUGUGAACAGUUGAUCAGACAAGGAGUUCUGGAGCAUGUCCUGUCUUGACUGUGUCCAGGCUGAACAUACAUGAGGAACUUCCAGGCCUUGUCUAGAUAUGAAGCUGAACUCAACUCACAGAAAUGUCUAUGCUUCAACCGUCUACCUCCCUCUACCUCUUCUUUGGAUAUUAAAUUUAGAUAUAUUCUUUAAGAUGACCAAGCUCAGUGAAAGAGUGCUUUCAGCAUUCACUAAUCCCUGAGUUCUACUGCCUGCAAGUAAUAACAAACAA